AUGAGUCUUUUAAGAAGCAGAUCAUUGAGACCUCAAUCUUUAGUAAUUCUACCAGGCAACGACAGAUUAGUUCGAAAUCAGCCUGACUCUCUUUCAAAUAAAAGGUCUGCAGUUGAAAACUUAUUAAACUUAGUUAGUUCUAGCUAUUCCGACUGAAAAGACAGCUUUGCAUUUUUAGAUAAAAGAAAAAGGGGCUGGGUAAGUGAUGCAGAGCUUAAAAUGAUUUUUUAUAGGCACGAAUUUAAUGCAGAUACUACUGCAUACCAAGAAAUAUUCAACGCAUUUGCUAACGGCAAUACUUUCAAUUACAUCAGAUUUCUCGAAAAUGCGAAAUCCAAAGCUCCUUCAAAAAAUUCCAACGACAUUAAGCUUCUUCAACGAAAACUUCAAGAAGUCAUUGAAAUCCGCGGAAUUAGCCCUACAAUGCUAUUUCUUCAGUUCGAUGUUAACCAAAAUUCAAGAGUGAGCUCUGAUGAAAUUACGAAUUAUUUCAGAACUUUAGGAUUAAAAAUUUCUAGAAGGGAUAUGAAAAAUUUAGUUUCUCAAUUUACGUCUGAUCCUAACGGGCUUAAUUAUAACCAAUUUGUUUCACUACUUUUGCCAGGGUCAAAUCAAAAGUCUGAGGGGCAAAAUAAUUUGAUUUUUGAGCUAGCAAUUUUGUUGCUACCUAUGCAGUAUGAUCUGCUUGAGCUGCUGAAAACUCAAGAUCGCUAUGAAACUGGGAUACUAAAUAAGCAAGAAUUUGAAGCUGCAGUUAUACAUGUUCUAGCGUUUUUUACAAGCCAAGAGCUUAGUUUACUAUUCGAUGUUUUAGACAAAGACCAGACUGGAAAUAUUAGCUAUAGAGAUUUAUGAAGCUUAAUAGAAAGCAUCUCAGCAAGACUCGAAACUCUUUCAACUGAAGAAAAAAACGUUCUUGAGGAGUCAGCAUGAAACCGCCCCUCAAUACCAAACUAGCUAGUCUUGGUAAUAAGAAAUAUAAGAGAUAAUUCAGUAUUUGUGCUUCUUCCAUUAUUUUACGUUAUUUCAUAUCUCUGUUUAGAGCAGUGAUAUGAAAUAAAAUAUUAAAUAUAUGGGUAAACAUACUAUGUUUAAUAUUAAAUAAUUUUAGAAGGGCAAGUACAGAAGUAUCUCUUAUAUUUCUUAUUAUCAAGACUAGCGAGUUUGGCAUUGAGGGAUGAGUGGGGGUGAGCUUUAUGUUUGGCCACUUGAGCACUUUAAAGAUGAAUUUUUUGACGAGACUGACAAAGUUGACAGAUAUUUAAGAAGAUCUGAUGCAGACAGCGAUGGUCUCAUCACAAUUGAAGAAUUUUCUCAAGCUCUACAAAGGCUUGGCGUAGCCUUCGAAAGAAAUAAAAUUGACCAGAUUUUCAAAACUCUUGACUCCAAAAAAGCCAAUAAAAUCUCUACAUUAGAGGUCUUAAGAGCCAUCCAAAAAGGUAUUUGGGAAUCUCCAUAA